AUGGCUUACGCUAGGGACGGCAGCGGUAAUGUGUGGCCGGGGCAGACACUUAACCUUGGAGACGAGGAAGAAAUUAUUACAGAAGCAGCUGCACGGCUGCAGCUAGAGAAUAACAACAUGCUUGGACGUUCGAUGUCGUGUCGGCGUCCUCGGACGAGAGAGGCCGCCGAAAGCCCAAGCUACCGUCGAAGGAGCGGAAGCGUGCCCGCCUGCAGUUAUCGCCCCAAAAAGAAACCUGUACCCCAAAAAAAUGAACACGACAACCUUACCGAAGUAGAGUACUAUUUAGUCCGUGAAUUUAGCCUGAACUCCAAAGGGCUCCUGCAAAGAGGGGAUUCCGUAAAGAAGCGUAAAAAGAGGAUCGGAAGUGCCUCAAGUGACACUGCAGCCAGCGCUGAAGACGGAGCAGAGGGUCCUCGCUCGAGAUCCGUCAGUCGGACCAGCAGCAUAGUGUCCGAUGAUUGUUUUGAGGUGGAAGGUUCUGAACCGGAGAGGUUUAAGAUUGUCAUACUGGGUGCCCACGGAGUGGGGAAAACGUCCCUGACUCAACAGUUCACUAGGACAGCUCUGGUAGAUACGUUUGAUACGGAUUCCGCCGACAAGUUUACAGAGGUCGUGGUCACAGUUAGCGUAGAUGGGGACGAGACAGAGCUCAGCUUUCACAGUAUAACAGAGGAUCAGAUACCCUGCCUCGUGGAGGACCCAAGCAUAGAUGGCGCUCUAGUCGUGUACUCUCUGGCGGACAGACAGACCUAUGUCUUUGCAGAAGAUGUGCUGUGUAAAAUACGGAAACAUCUCAAGUGUACGUGUCCGGUAGUAUUGGUGGCAAAUAAGGACGAUUUAGUGAGGACACGGGUGGUGAGUUGUGGGGAGGGCAAGUUGGUCGCCACACUAUACGACGCCAAAUACAUCGAGACCUCAGCCGUCCUAAGUUACCAUGUCGACGAGUUGCUAGUCGGCAUCCUCCACCAAAUAAAAUCGAGGAAGUCUCCGUUCAAGGCUCCGUCUCAAGGCAUGGUGCGACGCAAUAGUGCCAAAAGGAUUCUGAAACGUCUGAUGAGUUUCCAUCACGGUACCACGACACCGGAUUUAGUGUGCAACGAUUGAUGCUUAAAGAGCACGUAAAACAAGAACGGUUGUGAGAUUAUUAUAUUUUUUUAUUAUUAACAGAUUUUUAAAUUUAUUUUGACAUCAUCACAUGCUGAAAGACAUAGAGACCAUUUCCACAGAUAUUUAGAUCGAUCUAUCUCCCUGGGGAGUCUCACUAGAUUGCUGUCAGUUUG